GACGCCGUACUCAACGACAACCACCUGCUCUUUUCGAAUCCAUUGGUAACCAAAAUGGUUGGUAAGCUUAACUCCUUGUGCUUUAUUUUCUCUAUCCGCCGCCGCCGUCACACAUGGUUGAAUCGAAAUACUGAAAAAUAACACGAAAUGUGCGUAUGUAAAAAUUUCAAACGAAAUCGACCAACAGAUAAUAGAAAAGGACAAAAAAAAGCGCAAUAUGAAGAAUGCGAGGAAGAAAAGAAAAAAAACAACGAAAAGAUUCAAAUGUUGAAACGUGACAUCAAAGAAAUGUAUCAAAUCAAAAAACAAGAAUCCACAUGUGUAGACGCAUUACCAGAUACAAAACCACAUGAAAAAAUCAUAGUUUUAAAGAGAAAAAAGUAUCACGAAGCAAUAGAUAUUUUGGAUAUAAAAUUGAUCGACAUGAAGAAAAAAACAGAUCUAAUUAGACAUGAUAUCAAACAGAAAAGGAUCAAGUUGAACGACUUGUUCGGGAGAUGGAGUGACGUGCGGUCAAAGGUUGUUUCUACUGUAGACAAGGAUUCAAAUACGACUAAAACGCUUUCGGCACUAGAAAAUCGAUCUCAUCAAAUCGAAAUGAGCCGAAUGGAAGCGUCACACGUGACACGCAAAUAUAGAUCUAUAAGAAAUCGACUUUUAGAAGACUCGGUAGUGUUUGAUUCUACAUUGAACAAAUUAGAAAAAACAAUUAAGACACAACAACGUGAAAUUCAACGACUAGAAAAAAUUAAUGAAGAAGCCAUUAAAUCAAGGGAUAAAACCAGAUUAGUAUUGCAGAAAAAAGAAACUAACGCAGCUAAUAUAGCAAAAUUUCGUAUGAAACAAGUAGAACAAAUUAGAGCACAAGUAGAAGAAAGGAAAACAGAGUUAGAAAAAUUGGAACGAAAAAUAUUUCCACCGGGACAGAGAGCUACACAUCAGGAUUCAAUUCCUAGUUCUUCGGAAGAACAACGGCUUGGAGAUAAUGGAUCAUCAGAUAGUCAAGAAAUUACUGACAUGCCAUAUUUCAAACUGAAACAAGUCACUGGUUCAAUUGACAGCGAAGACGUACGAAGAAAGUUUGUAUCACAAAAAGAAACUAAAGAUAGAUUAACUACUUUGAAAACAAACACUGAGAAUCAAAAAAAGGACCUCCAAAUAAAAUGCCAACAACUUAAUGAGGAAUUUGAACAAUGUCGAUUCUCCGAUGCUCAAGACAAAGAACAGAAUGAUGAAGAAACUGAAAAUCUUAAGUUUAAAAUUGUCGAAGAGACAGAUAGACUCGAACGUUUACAAAAAGAUAAGUCCGAAUUGUCUAAUCAAAUUGAAUCAACACUAUUAAGGCUAUAUGACAUGUGUCUUGCACUAAAAAAAGCAGACAGUGCACCAGUACCAGAUAAAUGUCCAAGUAUUGAUAAAGCUGACUGGUUAAUAUGUCUAUUACAAACCAAAUAUGAGAAUGUAAUAAAAAUUUAUGGGGCUACAGAUAAAGAUCAACGUAAUGUGAAUGGAAGGAUUAAAAACAACGAUGUAGCAGUACUGUGGUCAUUGGAAGACAAUGUCGUAGAAUCGGCGAACAAGGAUGAAGAAGAAAAACCUGUUCCCAAUAGAUAUCUAAUCAAGAAACAAGCACAAAUCAUGGUUGAUUCUAAGAGUAAAAAAAAAGGGAUUAAAACAUCAAAAGGAACAACGCAAAAGACUUGAUCAACUACCUAAAUUUUAGACUAUAUGGAAUAAUAUUACAAUUACGUCGGAUUUAUAAAAACCAUCAUGAUAAAGCAUUUCUCUGUGUUUGCUGCUUAUUAUUACCCAUGUAUGUAACAACAUUUAUUAUAGUCACGAGUAUUAUACUAUUAUCUACACAUAGGUCGUUGAAAUAGAUAUAAUACAUAAAACACAUACCUGAUAAAAGUCAUUGAAAGCAUUUUCGUAUUAUUUUACUGUUAAUAUUUCAUAGGUAUGGUUCAACACAAAAUAAAAUAAAAGUAAUAAUUUCAUAACAAAAUAUGUAAAAUAAAAUUCACUGUUAUACGUGUGUACAAAAAUAAAUUUCAAUGUUAUCUACUGAUAAUUAAUAAAAUAUUUAAAGUGAUUUUGAUUAUAUUAUACAAUAUAUAAGUUCAUUCAAAUAUAAUAAUAUUAUUGUGUCAUACGAUUGUCAUAGGACAUCUGUAUGGAUAACCAAAAUUGUGUUUCUGUGGAAUUUCUGGAUAGGGUUAAAAAAACAUUUCUAAAAAAAAUUUUAAAAAUUUAAAAAUAUGUAUAAAACGAUGUAAUAAUCAUUUAAUCAAUUGUCAAUAAUAAAUUUACAACAUUCAUAAACAAUAGAUAAUAUACACAUUGAACAAAUUUAUGCAAUAUAUAUAUUUAAAAUAAUAAUAAACAUUAAAAAUUUGAAAUGUCAAUGAAAAAAAUUUCUAUGUCGGAGCCAUUGCCCAUUAGUCAUAUCUUUAAUAAUAAAAAAAAAA